AUGACUACCAGUGCUGCUACUACUACUGAAACUAAUAAACCAAUAGAUGAUGUCAUUGAUGAAAAUGAGGACACAAACAGUAAUUAUGAUAAUAAUAAUAAUACCGAUACCAGUGAUUAUAGCACUAGUGAUGAUAAAAUAGUUGAUGAGACUAUUAAUACUAAUAAUAAUAAUGAUUAUAAUACUACUGCUCCUAAUAAUACUAGUAAUAGUGAUGAUGAUUAUGGAGAUUAUGAUGAACUGGAGGACAGGGAUGGCGAGGAAGAGGAUGAUGGAGGAGAAUGUGAUGCUAAGGAUUGUGCCAAAAGUUUUUUAGACAAAUGGAAAGUACUGUACAAUGAAGGCAAAAGUGAGACAAUUGUCAAACAAGUUGAACAUAUUAACGAUACACUGAGGACGUUGAGGACAGUCAAAGAAAAUCUACAGUUCCUGUUGAAGCCGCCGGACAAUAGCCGGGAACGGUAUAAAGCUCUGGAGUUUUUCAGUGAAUUGGAUUUGGGUUUAGGAGGCGACUGUAUGUCUGCACUGACCCGUAUGGUAAUAGCUAUGGCUAAUGGAGAGAUAUGGGCACUUAAAUUUAUCGAUUCAAUGGGUCGGCCACUGGUGUCUGGGUUUGCUGAGGGCUUACAGUCAAACUUUGGCGAAUACCGUGAAUGUCUGUCCAUUGCCAGUCCGACGGACAGCCAGAAACCCCCAAUCACUGGCCAGUACUGUCUGGCCAAAGCUAUACUACCGUAUCCGACAGUGGACUCGUUGACAACGCCGUCGGCCUCGCAAGUAGUGGUCAAUAAUACUAUUGACGGCUCAAUCGAUACCAAUCUAUACACCAGUUUGUUUACACACUACGGACUCAAUCGAUUGGCAACUGUACGUAAUUUUGUCGAAACCCUGAAUCUGGCCAACGGUACUAUAUUUAGACUGGGUAUAUGCAUACCGUCCCAGUGUACGGCCCGGGAGUUUGAAAGUUUCCUAAAUAAAUUAUUAUUUCCCGUAACACGUAUUCCCAUAGAAUUGGGUCCCGAUUGUCAACAACUAGCUGAUGAAACUAAACUGGAUAACUAUCAAAUUUUAUCAAUAUCAAUUUUGACAAUAUUGGCAAUAUUGAUAGCUUUUAGCACGUGCUACGAGUGGCUGAUAUUACGUGUUAAUACAACUACUACUACUACUACUACUACACCCGUUAUCUCUGAUAACGACAUAUUGUUAACCAGUUUUUCAUUGAUCCGAAAUACCAGUUCAUUGUUUAAUAACAAUAAUAAUGGCAACAAAUUUGUUGCAUUGGAUACCAUUAGACUGCUAUUGAUAUUCAAUGUACACGCGGGACACGCAUUCACGUACACCACAUCCCUGGGCGCGGUUGGCCUAAAAAAACUGUUCAGUGAUGUUGUAUUCAAAGUCUAUUCAGAUAAUGAAUAUGUUUUUGUUAGAAAUCCACUAAUCAUUGACGCAUUUUUCACUUUAAGCGGAUUAUUACUAUCCUAUGGCUUAUUGCGAAAGUUAGACAAAACUAACGGCCAAUUUUCGUACGUGUCGUUCAUUAUUCAACGUUGGCUACGCUUUGCUGUCCUAAUAUUGGGCUCACUGUUAUUCAUCUACCUGUUCCCGUUGACCGGUUCGGGACCUAUUUGGCAGUCGGGUAUCGGCUGGGUAACCACUGGCUGUCAAAACCCCGUAAAUUUAUUGAAAAUGUUACUAUUUGUACAUAAUUUUAGGGAUGACCACAAAGAUCAGCUAACAUUAGCCAAUUCAAAGUGCAAUCCACCAACAUGGUUUCUAUCAUCACUACUACAACUAACCAUAGUUGCACCUGUAUUUGUUAUCAUAUACUAUCGCAAUCGUAUGUACGGCUCGCUGGCCACUGUAGCAGCCGUUAUUUGCGGCACUAUGGCCAGCAUAGCACCCUACAUACUGUUCCACUUGAAACCAUACCUACAACUAUGGGAUCUGGAAACUGUACUGUUCAGUGUAUCCCGUUCCUAUACCUGGUAUCACUUUACACCAAACAACUAUGUGACAGCAUUUUUCAUAGGCAUCGGUACCGGUUUCUGUCUAUAUAAGCCCAGCGGUACCAGUAGUUAUUUGAAACCCACUAAUAGGAUAACUGUGCUAAUAUGGCUAAUCACCAUACCUGUAUGUACCAGUGUUUAUUUCUAUCAUAAUACAUUUUGGCGCCUAGAUCAAUCGGCACCGUUAGCUAGUAUAUUAUUGUGGCAUUCACUGGGAAAGUUAGUAUUUUGUUUGGGCAUAGCCUGGAUCUAUUAUGCACUGUGCACCGGGAGGGCAGGUAUAUUGAAUACAAUAUUGACAUGGCCAAUAUUUCGACCCCUGGCCCGACUAUCAUUUGGUAUCUAUAUAUUACACUAUAUGGUUGUUAUGCACCGUAUAUUUACCAAUCAGUAUACCUAUGAAAUGACCGAUAAAUAUAUGUUUGAACAUUUAAUUGUCGACCUAUUGUACGAUAUAAUACUGGCCUAUAUUUUCUAUGUAGUAGUCGAGUGUCCGAUUGCCAGUAUUAUUGGACUGGUAUUUAAAUCGAUGGCUACCAGUCCUACUACUACUACUACAAAACAUCAACCUAGUAAUUAUGUACUAUCAUCUAAUGGUAUAAAAAAUGUCCAGAUAAUAACAGUGUUGUAA